AAAAAAAAACUAAAACAGAAGUACUACAAGUGGAAAGUCCAUUGCUUGAAUAAUGAGAAUGAAUUCUAGUUGAUCAACAUAACAGUGGAUGUAUUAAUAAUGCUGUGCGUUUUAGGAAGCAGAUGACUAUGGUUAGCAUGUCAGUUUGUUGACAGAGGUCUGUCAUGAACUGCUACUAGCUCAGUUAGCCUAGCAUGAGACGGAGGGGCGGCGUAACGUUACACGUAAAAGAUCCACCGGACUGCAUUACAAACCGUUUCAGGUGGUCUGAAGUCAGCGAUCUCCAGGCCAUGAUUGUGGGCUAAAUGUGAAGAAACAUCUGCAGCACAAUGUCUGCCCUGCUGAUUGCCUGCUCAGUUUUUCUCAUCCUAGCGGUCCUGUUUAUUUUACUCUUUAGAUGGUUUGCCUGCAGUUUGGCUGUCCGCUUUUUCCAUAAUACCCUGAAUGCCGAGCUCAAGAUCAAAUCUGUGGGUCUGUUCUCGGUGCGAGGAAUCAGUCUUCAGUUUCAGCCUCAACACACACUGGAAAUUGACAGGAUAUGGAUUUCUUGUAAAAUAGUUAACCCAGACCUGCCGAGGUUUUUGGCACUGUGUGUGGGUGAGGCCCGGGUCCGCUUCGACUUGCAGGAACCCUUUAGGCCACGGGUCUCAAACAAAAAUGAGGAGAAUUCAAAAAAGCCUCCUCCUCUCAGUCCCUCUACCCUGCACUUCCUCUCUCAGCUGCUGUCAUUCCACAUCGACUCCAUCAAUGUGAUGGUGUUGAAUCUGGCUCUGUCUGAGUCGCUCUGGCACAUGACGUCCUCUGCCAUCACUUUGCUGCUGGAUCAUCAAAUUAAAAGGUUGGCCUGGGAUUUCUCAGUUGGACAACUCACCAGUAAAGUUCUGAAGAGCAGCAGACUUCAGGACACGUGUCUGGCGGAGGUGUCUCUGAGUCUGGCCCUGAAUGGUGACGUGAGUUUGCCUGAUCUCAGACCAGGCCGUCUGGGUCUGUGUGUGAGGACUCUGCUGGCUGAACUUCACGAGGGCCUGUUCCUCAGUCACUUACCCAAACCUCCAGGAGCUGCUUUAGACGUCUACACCAGUCAUACUGCAGAUGAUCAAGACGACUCUUACAUCCAAACAGACUCAAUUGAGCGCCUUCACAACCUGAUUCCACAGAACGUCAACGUGGAUUUUGAAAACACUAAUAUCACACUCUCCAUGCACAGUCAGAAGAGACAUCUGAACUGGACUUUAAAGUCUCUGAAGCUGGGUUAUGACCGCGAUGAUGAGCAGCUUCCUCUGAAAUCUUUCACUCCUGAGCUCAGUUUCCCGCAGACCCGCCUGGAGCUUCUGCUGGAGGAUGGUCUCUUGCUGUCACAAAGCAGACAGAGGAUUAUAUGUCUGAACACUCUAAGAACAAUACUGCAUGUAACAUCUGUUGACAUCUCUAGUACAGUCACUGUCAACACUUGCAUCAUCCACUACCGUCAUCAAGAGUUCUCUCAUUGGCUGGACAUGUUGUCAUGGGAUCAGCUCUCGCACAAAAAAAACACUCGCAAAAAAAGGCGUUUCCCUCAACUGGACGCUCCGGUGAAGAUAAGCUCCACAGUGUCCAAUGUCAACGUGUCCGUGCAGUUGGGAGAUACACCACCCUUUGCCUUGGGCUUCAUCUCAGCCAACACUGAAUUGCAACACUUGUUAGACUGUGAAGAGGAUGAUGAGAAGAGUCUGACUGUAACCGAGAAAGCUUUUCUGUCCCUCGAUCAUUUCUGGUGGCGUGUGGGCCAGGGAUCCCACAUCCAGCAGGCUCCUCACCCACCUGGAAAACACGUCUGGGGGGAAGCCCUUAUUCUGGACUCCCUCACACUGCAGGGCAACUAUAGUAAGCCAAGGAUGGUGAACUCCAGCCCCUCUGGCAGUGUUUGCAUGGAGUCCAAUAUAAAAGGCCUGCAAAUGGAAGUGUCUGAGACCUGCACUCAGUGUCUUUCACGCCUGUUCUCUGUUCUCAAACUGGACAAAGCAGAAAUUGCCCCUUUACAUUCUCCUCUGGAAAAGCCUUCAACCCACUUCACACAGCUCUUUAAUUUUAAACUCUGUCUUGAGGAUGUAAAUGCAUUCACACUCUCUAAUGUGGCAGGGGCUAUUUCAGCAAGGGUGGACACAGUGGUUGCUGAAGGAUCUGGGGAGAGCUCCAGUGUGUCUGUUCAUGGUGUUUCUCUGGCUGUGGUGAAGGUCAUCACUGAGAGUAUGGAGCCCUGCUGCCCAGCCGCACAAACCCCCAACCCCAUCCUGACCUUAACUGCUUUCAGCGUCUCCUACCAUAUCAGCACCCGCAGUCUGGAGGUGCGGAGUGAAAGCUCUUUAAUAGCGCAGUGGACUCCAUCAGACCACAUGUUUCUGUAUCAGCAUGUCACCGAGAGCCAAAGAUACUGGAAAGCGCUUUCUGCAUCUCUAAAGCUACAGAAUUCAGAUGGAGCGAAGUCCUCUUCCUCCAGCAUGUUAGUGUGUGUAGAGCUGGCGAGCACAAGACUCACUGCUCAUGUGUCCGAGAAGAACUUUAUCAUCUUCAGCGCAGAAGCUCUGUCGCUCUCCAAACGGCCUGGAGCUGUGCUGAUGAAGACUCCUCACCUGGUGCUCAACUUUGAUGGCAAUGACAUCUUCUCUUUUUCUGAUGCCGAGGUGCAGAUGCUGGACGAGCCGGAGGCGAUGAUGCAGCACAGAUCUCAAUUCCCGUUCCUCCAAACACCUCGCAAUCGCAGCUGGCUCUUCACUGCGCCCAGCCUUGCCAUUGAGUUCCCUUAUCAGUACAACUUCUCGGACACCUUCGACAAGGCUAUCAGUGUGCAGAAGUGGCUGAAGACCCUACAUGGUGGUGCCAUUCAAUCAGAAGAACCCUCUCGGCUCCCACCCGACCUGCUUAUCCGCAUCAACCAGUUCUCCUUCGUGUUCCUGGACGACGUUUUCGAGAUCAAGCUGCGUGACAAUUACGAGCUCAUGAAGGAUGAAAGCAAGGAGAGCGCCAAGCGUCUGCAGCUACUGGAUAAGAAAGUUGCUGAUUUACGCAAGCAGCACGGUGAGCUCCUGCCGGCCCGGAAGAUUGAAGAGCUCUACACGUCACUUGAGCGCAAGCACAUCGAGAUCUACAUUCAGCGGUCCCGGCGGUUGUACGCUAACACACCCAUGCGCAAGUCUCUGCUUACCUGGACGGUGUCGGAGUUGGAGCUAGUGGCGCUGGCGGAUCAGACCUUGCAUGGGCCAGAGCGGAUCCGAGAGCAACUGAGGGACAUCGAUGGGGUCAGCCCCUUUCCCAGAGAUGGCCUGCAGCUGGUGGUCCAGUGGUGCCGCGCUUUUAAAUUCAAGCUAAAUGCAUUCCUGGUGCGUAUCCGAGAUUACCCUCGCUACCUGUUUGAGAUCCGAGAUUGGACACUGUCAGGACGCCUGAUGGGCACCGAGCAGGACGGGCAGCUCAGAGCAAAGCGCAAACAAGUAGUCCAACUCGGCCAGCCAUGGGGCGAUGUGAUCGUUUAUAGGAAUAUGCCACCUCUGAAGUUCUACUAUGACAUCCACUCAAGCAUUUCCCUCUACACCAUUGUGUGGGGGCCGUGCUGGGACCCUGCUUGGACGCUGAUUGGCCAGGCUGUUGAUUUACUGACCAAACCCACAGCUGACCCUUCCCCCCUUCUCACCUGGUGGGAUAAAAGCAGACUUCUCCUGCAUGGCCGCUGGGUAAUGGACAUUGAACAGGCCAACCUGCAUCAGCUCGCUAAUGAGGACCCGUACAACACUACAGAGAACCUGCACUGGGAGUGGAGCAAACUGAACUUUGACUGGACUCCAGGGCAAUUUGUCUUUAAGGGUGACCUGGAUGUCAACGUUAGAACAGCAUCCAAAUAUGAUGAUAUCUGCUUCCUGCAUCUCCCGAGUCUGUGUAUGACUCUUGAGCUCCAAUGGUUAUGUCAUGGAAAUCCACACGAUCACCAUGCAGUAAUGCUCUGUGCUGCAGAGAAUGUUGCAGACGUCACCUCCGGUCAGCCGCACGACUCCUACAGGGCCUUCCGCUCUGAAAACCUCAACCUCUCCAUCACCAUGGACCUCGACCAGUCUGGCAAAGAGCCCUGUCAGCCCAGAAUCCUCCUCUACAGCAGCACCCUGCGUUGGAUGCAGAACUUCUGGGCCACCUGGACCAGUGUGUCCCGGCCCAUCUGUAGAGGGAAGCUCUUCCACAGCCUCAGGCCCACCCGCAGGAAGCUUGGCCAGCACUACAAGCAGAUGUCCUACACCGCAUCUUUCCCACAGCUACAGGUCCACUACUGGGCGUCAUUUGCUCAGCAGAGAGGCAUUCAGGUGGAGUGCAGUAAAGGUCACGUCUUCACCAGAGGAGCACAGAGGCUCAUCCCACAGGCUGGCACUGUGAUGAGACGACUGAUCUCCGAGUGGAACGUCACUCAGAUGGUGAGCGAUCUCUCUCUGGUCACCGUGCACCUCAUGGCCUCCACAUGGGACGAGACGGCCGACCACCAGAUCAACGCCCAGGUGAAGAAGACCCACCUGCUCAGCCUGUCCUCACUCAGCUACCAGAGACAGAGCAACCGCAUUGAGGAGGAGGUGAACUCAAAAGAUGAGAGCAACGCUUCAUACACGCACAAGUUGUGUUUAGUGGACCUGAGGGCCUCCUGGACCACCACCAACAGGAAUAUUGCCUUUGGCUUGUAUGAUGGCUACAAGAAAGCUGCUGUACUGAAGAGGAACCUCUCCACCGAGGCUCUGAAAGGUCUGCGGAUCGACACACAGGUGCAGACGAAAAAGCUGAAGCGAUCCAUGUCCAGCUAUUCCUCAAACACAGCUCCUGCUAUACCGGUCAUCACCACAACCACUCGCCCAGAGAAGAGCCAUAACGAAGGUAACCCGGCUCAGAAAUGUGAUGCUGUAGUAGCUCACUUGCAAGGAACAUCCAUGCUGCAGAAGCUUAUCGAGGAGACUGAUAAGUUUGUGGUCUUCUCUGAAGAGGAUGCAGGAGUGAGUGAUCAGCUCUGUGGAAUUGCCGCAUGCCAGACUGAUGAUGUUUACAACCGCAACUGGUUCAUAGAGCUUGUCAAUGGACAGAUGAUGCUGCGAGGCACUGAGACCGCCGGCUGUGUGCUGGUAUCUGCUGCCAAGGCUCAACUACUGCAGUGUGAACACCAUCCUGCUUGGUACAGCGACACCCUCAAGCAAAAGACCACCUGGACUUGCCUACUGGAUGGUAUGCAGUACUUUGCCACCAUGGAGCAAAACCCCUCUGAGCAAGAGGACUGGCAGCUGUGGCUUGAGGUGAAGAACAUUGAGGAACACAGACAGAGGAACCUGGACUCGGUGCUGGAGCUGAUGGAGAGCGGUCAGGCUGUUGGAGGAAUGGUCAGCACCACCACAGACUGGAACCAGCCAUCCCAUGUGCAGGAAACCCAGCAGGUCCAGCGUAUCAUCUCUCGCUGUAGCUGUCGCAUGUACUACAUCGGGUACAGCCACGACAUUGACCCUGAACUGGCCACCUCCAUCAAACCUCCAGAGAUCCGUGACCAGCAUGAGAAGGAGGAUCUUUUGAAGAAACAAGCUGGUGCAGUCGACACCUUUACCCUUAUCCACAAUGACUUGGAGAUUUCCACCAAUCCUGUGCAGUACUCCAUGAUCUUGGACAUCGUUAAUAACCUGCUGCUCCAUGUGGAACCCAGACGCAAGGAGCACAGUGAGAGGAAGCAACGUGUGCGUUUUCAGCUGGAGAUCUCUAGCAACCCUGAGGAACAGCGUAGCAGUAUUUUGCACCUUCAGGAAGCUGUACGCCAGCAUUUGGCUCAGAUACGUUGCCUGGAGAAGCAGAUUUACUCCAACAUGAGGUCCCAGUCAGAGGAGUUCAGAGGAGACGAGCUGUCAGAAAUCAACCUUCGCCUGCAGAAUCAGCUCAACCAAGAGAAGACAGACAUGCAGAUGAAGAGCGAAGAGCUUAACAUCCUCAUCCGUUGUUUUAAGGACUUCCAGCUGCAAAGGGCAAACAAACUGGAGCUGCGCAAACCCCCAGAAGAUGUUAGCGUUGCUCGUCGCACUGAGAUCUACUUUGCUCAGGCCCGCUGGUGCCUUACAGAAGAAGAUGGACAGCUGGGUAUAGCUGAGCUCGAGCUGCAGAGGUUUAUGUACAGCAAGCUGAAUAAGUCUGAUGAUACAGCAGAGCAUCUCCUGGAAUUGGGCUGGUUCACAAUGAAUAACCUGCUUCCCAAUGCUGCGUACAAGGUGGUUCUGCGUCCUCAGAGUCCCUGCCAAUCAGGACGUCAGCUCGCUCUCCGCAUCUUCAGUAAGGUCCGCCCCCCAGUGGGAGGGAUCUCCGUCAAAGAGCACUUUGAGGUAAAUGUGGUACCGCUCACCAUUCAGCUCAUGUACCAAUUCUUCAAGAGGAUGAUGGGAUUUUUCUUCCCUGGAAGAAAUGUGGAAGAAGAAGAAGUUGGGGAUGAGGAAGACAAGUUCAGAUUGGUUACUACAGGUGUGGUAAAACCCAGGCAGCUCUCUGAAGACUCCAUAGCAGGACUUGGACCUGGGAAAGGGGUCACACAAGGGUUAAAUCGCACCGCUGGAGUCAGGAGGUCUUUUCGCAAACCACCUGAGCAUCCCGUUGAUGACAUUGACAAGAUGAAAGAGAGAGCAGCCAUGAACAAUUCUUUCAUUUACAUCAAGAUUCCUCAGGUUCCACUCUGUGUCAGUUACAAGGGAGAGAAGAGCAGUGUCGACUGGAAGGAUCUGAAUCUGGUUCUGCCCUGUUUGGAGUAUCACAACAACACUUGGACCUGGCUGGACUUCGCUAUGGCUGUGAAGAGAGACAGUCGGAAAGCUCUAGUUGCACAGAUGAUAAAGGAGAAGCUGCGGUUGAAACCAGCCUCGGGCUCAGAGUCUCGAGGGAAAGCCACGGACGGAAAAACAGACAGCAGCCUCCAGCAGCAGGUGGAGGACGAGAAGGCCAGGCUUCUGAUCGGCUUCAGCACGGCGGACAAGAGCUCCAGCAAAAAGAGCAUCUUCAGUCGCCGCAAGUGAAACAGUUCGUGAGAGAAGAGGUGGACUGUGAUGAAUAAAUCAAGUCCAGAAUCCCUCUCCGCUUCACCAGGGGUGCCUUUAGACGUCCGCGCUGGAUGUGGACAUGAAAACCAGCACCGGAUGAGAUGGAGUCAUUCUACAGUCUAUCGUCAGGGCUGUACAUUUAACGUUUGGUUUUAUGUACUGCUGUUGUGUGAGUCAUUUCUAUAUAUUGGAGGAUAACGUCCUUGUGGCUCCAGACGGUGUCCCACAAUUCAAUGGUUCAUCUGUAUUUUGUGUUCGAUGUAUUGUGACGCCUCUCCUGCUGGAUCGGGAGACAUUAGUGUUUGAAUCUUGCUUGGAGCUGCAAGAAAAAUCUGAAGCGUGCGUGUACUGGAAAACCCAUAUAGUUCCACUGUAUGUGAAGUUAUGGAGAAUUAAUCCACAUUUCGGAGGAGAGUUAAAUCCUACAUGGUAAUAGUUAGUUGACCACUGAUUUACUGUACUAACUACGUAGUGCAAUACAAAAGCGAAUAGACCGUGUCGAUGGGAAGCGUCUUGUUUUAUGCCAUUUUUGCGGCCGAUCUGAUUAAUUAAUGCUUUGUAAUUUUAACACUAUGGCACUUUUUACACAAAGGAUUUUCUGAUAUUUUUGUAUCUGUGGGUUAUUUCUGGUAUCGUUUCGAUAAUGUCUUCAGAUGCUGCUGAUUUUUUGCUUGUCAGCUUCAAAAGUCAAAGAUGUUAUUUGAGCUUGAAUGUUUAAAAAUUGAGCACUAUUUGGAUUUUCUUUUUCUUCCUGCCCCACUGUAUCAGGCAACGGGCCUAGUAUUGUUCUUUGUACAAAUAAUGGGAGGUAUUCAAUGUCACCAAGCAUGCAAAUUAAUAUUUGUCAGUAAAAUAAAAAAGCAGGCCCAAAUGAGUCCUUCAGAAACUCUUA